UAAUAAAAAGAAGGACACAAAUAAAAAUACAAAAAUAAAAAUCAUGUCUCACUUAUCAACAAUAAUUAUUUUUGGACUGUGUACAUUGAGUUCAGUGGUAAUUGGUUUAAAUUUAAAUGCCACAAAAUGUGGCACAUUGUAUUGCACAAGUUUAGAAUAUUGUAGUGCAGUCGAUACUUUAUGCAGACCAUGUUCGACCAUUUGUAAUCCAGACGAUCGUAAUCAUCAACCUGAAGAUUGUCGGAGAGAUUGUCAAGAAUAUAUUUAUGAUCAACGAUACGCCCUUCGUAAGGAACUAAACCAGUAUGCACUUCGUGAGGAACUGAACCAGUACGAUCAGCUAAGAGGAGAAGUCGACAGACUACGUAUUUUGUUAAGCGUUACAUUAACGUUAACAUGUUUGGCAAUUAUGGUCAUUGUAUUUCUUCUAAUCAAAACUUUUAUAAGAUGCGACAAAAUUGGAAAUGCGAUACGUAACGUUUUCUCCAAAAAAUGGGUCAAGAAGGCAACUAACAACAACAAGGUACAGGACGACGUUGAAAAUGGUAAUGUAAAAAAUAAUAAUCCAAACAAUAAUCAAAAUAAUUUGAAAUUAACAAUGCCGACGAUAAGUGCGACCGUAUCUUCCUCGGAGGAUAAUUCAAACAGCAAUAGUACACCUAAUACAACUAGUACACCCUUAUCAAGGAGACAUCCUAGCGAGGAUACAACAUUAGAUUACGCUUAUGAUAAUCCUGCCAUGACACCGAGUCCUGAAGCUGCACAGCUUCGUACCAAACGUGAGAGUUCCUUUUAAAAUUAUUACCCAGAAAAAGAACAAUUUUACAUUAACAAAAGAAAUUCACGUUAGUUUUUUUGAACAACAACAAACAAAUUAGGAUGCAACAAAUGCAUAAUUACCAUUCGAAUUUUUCUAUAGGAAAUAUUUAAUUAUUUUUGUUUGUUUGUUU